UUUAGUCGAUCUUCCCGAUCAGGUGUAUGCGUGGUUUAAGUGCCACGGUGAAAUGUUUUUGCUUCAAAUGGAAUUAUUUAUUACAAAACUAUAGCUUUUUGUUUAUUAUUAAACAUAUAAACCAUGAUUUUAACAAUUAUAGCUAGUUUUGUAAUGUCUGUAGUAGGUUUUAUAGCUACUUUCAGAAUAAUACCGAAAUUUAGAGAAAUGUUUAUAAAGGCUCACUUAUCAGGAAUGGAUAUGAGUAAAAAAUCUAAAGAACUUAUUCCAGAAGCAGCAGGUGUCAUUUCAGGUUCUGUUUUUCUUAUGGUGAUGUUCCUUUUUAUACCUAUACCUUUUAUUCACUCCUGGACUACAAAUACACAUGAUCCAUUUCCUCAUGAUGAAUUUGUCAAAUUGGUUGCUGCUUUACUUUCAGUUUGUUGCAUGCUCUUCUUGGGAUUUGCAGAUGAUGUCUUGGAUUUGAAAUGGCGUCAUAAACUUUUAUUACCAACAAUGGCAUCUUUACCAUUAUUAAUGGUUUAUUAUGUUACUUUUAAUAAUACAACUGUACUACUUCCUAAACCUUUGCAUUGGUUAUUUGGAACAGAUUUAUGGUUAGGUCCAUUAUAUUAUGUAUACAUGGGAAUGCUUGCUGUAUUUUGCACAAAUGCAAUCAAUAUUUUUGCAGGAAUUAAUGGUUUAGAAGUUGGUCAGUCAGCAAUAAUUGCUGCAUCAAUAAUUAUUUUUAAUAUUAUUGAAUUAUUUGGUGAUAGUUGGAAGGCACAUUUAUUCUCACUUUAUUUCAUGAUGCCAUUUUUGGGAACCACAUUAGGGCUCCUAUAUUUCAAUUGGUAUCCUGCUCAAGUUUUUGUAGGUGAUACUUAUUGUUAUUUUGCGGGAAUGACACUAGCAGUUGUAGGAAUAUUAGGACAUUUUGGUAAAACAAUGAUUUUGUUUUUCAUACCUCAAGUCAUUAAUUUCAUCUUUUCUGUUCCACAAAUAUUUCAUUUAGUACCCUGUCCUCGGCAUAGAUUACCUAGAUAUAAUGAGAAAACAGACAAACUAGAAAUGAGUACAGUUCAGUUCAAAGCUAGUGAUCUACAUCCCAUAUCAACUUUAAUAUUAUUUAUAUUUUAUCAUUUGGGAUUGAUACAUUACAAAUCAGGGAUCAAAGAUGAUAAUAUGGUGGAAUGUAGUAAUUUUACUUUGAUCAAUUACUUUAUAAAGGUUGCAGGCCCUAUUCAUGAAAGAUCAUUAACUUCAGCUUUGCUAAUUUUACAGGAAUUUUUAGAUUGUUGA